UCAAGCUUUCUUCCAUUUCACUCAGUACAUAGCAUAGGUGACUUAAAAGGAUAAAUUAUGCAAAAUGGAGCGGGAUGAAUACAAUGAUUCAUAUAGCUAAACCCAACUAAUAUCUGACCGAAAGAAUAAUCUCUUCUACAAUAUUUCAUUUUUCUAAUUUCCCACCUAGGUUCCCGCUUCAAGGGCCCAUUAAUUUGAGUUCGUGCCGAGGAGUUCCACUUUAAGGGUAAACUGCCCCUACUGAAAAAAUAGAUAAGUCCGAAUCAACUUUUGAGGAAUAAGUACCACACCAUCACAAUUGUUGGUAGGCCUACAAUAUCUUCAUAACUUCACAAAAGCAUUUUUACACGUUCCAAUUUGAUGGAUUACUUGGCCUUAAAGACUUAGCAAAAAAAAGAAAAAAAAAAAAAGGAGCGUAACGACAACCUGAAAUUGUCAUUGAAAGAAAUCUAACAAUUGAAUGAUUGUAUAGGAGGACAGGAGCCAAGUCAAUGAUUGUCUGAUUCACCCAAAAGCCAGUGAAUGGGAACCACUUUUUCUUUAUAGUUGCUUCAAGUUUUGUAACUUGUCUCGUCUCUCCUAUGGCAACUCUGUCAAGUUCUGGAUUAUUUGAUCAAUCCAUAACCGAGAUUAGUCUGAAAUAUUUGAUUUAUAAAAGAAUAUAUAAACAGCUGUUUGGAAUGAAUUACACCAAUUAUGUACAAGUAUGAUCCAAGAGCGUUCCACUGGACCAAUAUCUUUUGUCCUGUUCCUCCUUAUUCCUUUGUCCUUUCUCUUGUUUUAGACAUCAUAUGAACCUUAAAAGCCUAUUCAUGGUCGAGAAAUCUGUUUCUGUUCUUGUCAUUGCCAUUCUUUUCGUCACCUUAGCAAAUGACACGCUGUCUGUAUACCUCAAUUCUAGUUCUUGCAUUACGCAGAGUUGUAGUAAUGGAGUGAAGAUAUCAUACCCCUUCUGGAUUCCUGAGAAACAGCCAUCGUACUGUGGCUUACCAUCUUAUAAUGUCACCUGCAACAAACAAAAGCCACUUCUUCAUAUUUCUGGUGACGAAUUUAUCAUUAAGGAAGUAUUUUACACAAACAACUCGAUUCUGCUAGCCAAAGCAGAUAUGUUUGAUGAAGACAACAGCUGUCCAGUACCAAGACAUAAUUUUAGCAUCAGGGGUACUCCAUUUUCCUCGGGUCCUAACACUGCAGAUCUCUUCUUCUUCUAUGACUGCACUCAACCAUAUGAAAGUGAGACAUAUGCUGUGGAUUGUGCCCGCAAUGCUACUCAUCAUUCUUUUGCGGUUUUUCAUACUGAGCUUCUGGAGCACUAUAAUUAUUCAGUCGAAUCGUGUCAGGAUCCUGUUUAUGCCCUUGUUGAGACUGAUUCUCUAGAUAGAUUGCUAAAGAUGAACUACACACAAGUUCUGCAAAAGGGAUUCUUUCUGCAGUGGGAUGGGACUAAUUGUAGAGAUUGCCAGAAUAGUGGAGGCCGUUGUGGUGCUCAGAGUAAUGAAUUUGUGUGCAUCUGCAAAGACCAAACCCAACCAAGAACAUGCUUUCAUGGAAGAAACAACAUCGGAUUACAGGUUGGCAUAGGUGUUAGUGCAGCUGCAUUUGCUUCUUUGAUGGCAGGUAUAUUAUUCCUUAUCUAUCGUCGUAGACAGAACAAAAGUUAUGCUGGUUCGUCCUUGUUCACUAGAAGCAUUCGUUCCUAUCCAUCCUCCACUAAAGAUCCUGAAAAGGCUAAUAUAGCUAUGGGUGUUCACCUCUUUGACUACAAUGAACUGGAAGAAGCCACUAACAAUUUUGAUUCCAAGAAGGAGCUUGGAGAUGGUGGAUAUGGCACAGUAUACAAAGGUAAACUUCGAGAUGGACGUGUCGUUGCUGUAAAACAUUUAUAUGAAAACAACUGCAAGAGGGUAGAACAAUUCAUGAAUGAAAUUGAUAUAUUAACACGGUUGCAUCAUCCAAAUCUUGUCACUCUUUACGGAUGCACAUCUCACCAUUCCCGUGAACUUCUACUGGUUUAUGAAUACAUUCCCAAUGGCACAGUUGCUGAUCAUCUACACGGUGGAGAUUCAGAGCGCAGAUCGCUUUCAUGGAAUACACGAAUGAAAAUUGCCAUAGAAACAGCAAAUGCACUUGCCUAUCUCCAUGCUUCAGAUGUCAUCCACCGAGAUGUAAAAACUAAUAAUAUCCUUCUCGACAACAAUUUCUGUGUUAAAGUAGCAGAUUUUGGCUUGUCUCGGCUAUUCCCAUUGGAUGUUACGCAUGUAUCAACAGCUCCACAGGGCACUCCUGGAUAUGUUGAUCCUGAGUACUACGAGUGCUAUCAGCUCACUGACAAAAGUGAUGUUUAUAGCUUCGGAGUGGUAUUAAUUGAGUUUAUAUCAUCACUGCCUGCUGUUGAUAUCUGUAGGCACCGGCAUGAAAUUAAUUUGUCAAAUAUGGCCAUCAACAAGAUUCAAAGCAAUGCAUUACACGAGUUGGUGGAUUCAAAUCUUGGAUUCGACACCGAUGAUAAAGUAAGGUCAAUGAUAACUGCAGUGGCAGAGUUAGCAUUCCAGUGUCUACAGAAUGAUGGGGAUAUGAGGCCGUCUAUGCAGGAAGUUGUGGAGGCUCUGCUGAGAAUUCGGAGAAUGAAUAAAACGGGGGUAACAGAGAAGAGCUAUCCUGAUGAUGAUGCAGGGUUGUCGAAGAAUAACACGUCAUUAGACUCACCUGAUUCGGAUACUGCAAAAGGGAGUAGCAGUUCAACAACACCCAAUGCCAGUACCUAGUUUUUGGUUCUCUAAGGUGGCACUUGUGAACCUGUCAUGUUGGUUUCCGAAACUUGAAUUACAUACACUUUGAUUACCUUCGUUUUCUCUAUAAAAGAGGAUGUACAUAUGUCAGUGCAGCUCGUUUAACUUGGCCACUUUAAUUCGAUGUGAUCUUCUCAAUUCUUUUUUCUCUUUGAUC